GAAGUGGCUCAGACCAUGUGACAUUUUCUUCAUAAAUACGAACCAGGAAAACAAAGCCGUAGAGGUUUCAACAGAGAAGCAGCGAUGAGUCCGACUGAACGAGGCCUGGUGUUGGGGAGCCUGCUGCUCGUCUCCCUGUGUGUCGGGGCAGCGGCCAUGUUGGACAGCAGGCUGGACGUCCACUGGGAACUGUGGAAGAAGACACACGGGAAGACGUACCAAAAUGAGGUGGAGGAUGUGCGCCGCAGGGAAUUGUGGGAGAAGAACCUGAUGCUCAUUACCACGCACAACCUGGAGGCCUCGAUGGGGCUUCACACCUACGAUCUGAGCAUGAACUACAUGGGAGACCUGACAGAAGAGGAGAUCCUGCAGUCUUUUGCCACGCUUACUCCUCCUACUGGCAUCCAGAGGGCGCCAUCUCCCUUCACAGGGGCUUCAGGCGCUGAUGUACCAGACACCAUUGACUGGAGAGAGAAGGGCUGUGUAACCAGCGUCAAAAUGCAGGGUGCCUGUGGCUCUUGCUGGGCCUUCAGUGCGGCGGGGGCCCUCGAGGGCCAGCUAGCCAAGAAAACAGGGAAGCUGGUGGACCUCAGCCCCCAGAACCUGGUGGACUGUUCCGGCAAAUACGGCAACCACGGCUGCAACGGAGGCUACAUGCACAGAGCCUUCCAGUACGUCAUCGACAACCAGGGCAUCGACUCCGACGCUUCGUACCCCUACGCAGGGAAGCAGCAGCAGUGCCGCUACAACCCCACGUACCGCGCCGCCAACUGCUCCCAGUACAACUUCCUGCGUCAAGGAGACGAGGGGGCUCUGAAACAGGCGGUCGGCACCAUCGGACCCAUUUCAGUGGGGAUUGACGCCACGCGGCCCAGAUUUACUUUCUACAGGAGCGGAGUGUACAAUGACCCAUCCUGCUCCCAAAAAGUGAACCACGCGGUGUUAACUGUGGGCUACGGCACGCUGGAAGGACAAGACUACUGGCUGGUAAAGAACAGCUGGGGAACUACUUUCGGAGACCAGGGCUACAUCCGGAUGUCGCGGAACAAUAACAAUCAGUGUGGCAUCGCUAUGUACCCCUGCUACCCCAUCAUGUAGCUGCACGGAGAACUGGAUCUGUAACACAGCGAACUUCGCUUCUUUCUUCCGUGUACAUUUUUUACAGAGUCAUUUUCAUGUGAACGUUUUUACUACAAAGGCCAACAAACGGCGACGGCAAGUCUUUAAAUACUAAAGUUUAACACAAGAUCUUUUCUGUGUUUUUUGUAAUCUUAUAUAUCUUGAGGAGGGAUUUUCUUUACACGUCUGAACUUCUUUGUCUUGUAAGACUGUGUGCUUGUUUGUAUGUGACUGUAUUUGUGUGUGUGUAUUUGAAUCUCCAAUAAAGAAACAGAUGUCUCGGUGAAACACG